UAACAGGGAGGAGCCAGGAGCCAGCUGCUCCUGAGCAGCUACCGUCUGCUGCACCGAGCUGUGAGAUUCCCGUCCAAUAUCAAAAUGAAAAUCCAAGUCCAAGCAAUGCUCGGCCGAUUCAAUUCUCUCACUUGAAAAAUGAAAAUAGUUUUCUUCAGGACCCAUUGCUCAUAGGUCAUGAGCAACAGCGUUUUGGCACACAAAAAAUAAAUAAUAAUGUUACAGAGGAACAUGAAAAUAAUCUUCAUGUAACCAACCAAGAAAUUUACCAAUUAGCAUUCGACCAGAAUUCAGAUAUCCAUACGUCAACGUUCCAAUAUACUCUAUUUACUCAGCCAACAUUGCCACAGGCCGAGAAACCUAAUGUAGACUUAAUGGCUGACAUUGCAUCUUUCCCUUCCUUUCAAGCAUCGGCUUCUAACCCUCCACAAUAUCAACACGCGCAAUUUGUGCCGCAAGAAUCGCAGGAUCACAAGCCGCUGCAGGAUAAUCAGGGUUCUCAGGGAGCGAGCAGAACAGACACCUCAAAAGGAAAUACUAUCGCCUUCAUUCCUCCAUUGCCAUCUAACUUCAAAUUCGAUUAUACUGCAUUAGAUGAAAACAACUAUUGCCAUGACCUAGGAUUUCGUGAUGACGCUGCGUUUCAAAUUUCGACUCCGACCUUGUUGUCGUGUGCGGGAAAGCCUGAAAAUAACAUCGGUAAUCAGAAAGUCAACCACUCUGUUCUAAACAAUGGCUCCUUUCAUGGCAAUUUUAAUUUCAGCUUUUCGUAUCCAGAAAGUUCGUCAAAGUUCCGAUUUCUUCCAGGUGAUGAUGAUGUCUAUGAUGGACAAAUAUUUGUGCGGGACACUGAGUUUACAGAAUUCUACAUUCACCACAACGCACCUGAAAACACCCGCGUGAGAUUCAUCUUACAUCACAGCGACGCUAGCAAAUUCUUUGAUCCCGUCCUACCAUGCAAAAAGCAUCUCCGCUCAGAGCAACCCGAUCACGUGAUGUACGUGCCGCCAGCGCUGAACCCCAUAUACGAGACACGUGAAGGCCAUGCCACGGUGGUCGUGGUGCCACGCAACUACAGGGGCGCUGCCCCCGCCCAGCAACACGGACUGGCGGAGUACCGAGGGGACGUCCAAAUCAAGUUCCUCUGUAAGAAUAGCUGCCAUAAGGGCGCUAAGUGGAGCAUAGUCGGAGAACUCUUGGGUCGAGAGAAUGAGGUGAUAGGCCGCCAGAAGUACCAUCUCAAAGUGAGCGCUCUGCCUACCCGCGACAGCAAACUGAAGCAAGGCGGCAGUAAGAAGAACUCAGAACCGACGAAGCUCGAGAAUAACAUAGAAAUUAAACCUGAAGUGAAGAGUCUACCCUUGACAAGCGAAGUAGAAGGAAAUGCUUCACUAAGCUUAAAUCGCAGUAUCAGUAAAGUUGAUGCAGAAGCUUUGAUCCCAUCAAUUCAAACGGCCCAAGCUAAUGCCGCCAAAAUGGAUUUCGAAGCAUCCUGCAACGAAUUUGCUGAAGUAAAAAAGUCUGCGCACUCUUCAAAAAUCAAAGAAUGCUCGACAGAAAUACAACCAAAUUUAGAUUUUGACGACUUAAUAGGUUUUACAUCAAAUAAUUUUUCACCACAUAAUAUCAACGCUACACAAACAUUUCUUGACCAAUUUCCUGGAAUCGAUAAUUAUGAGCACAAAUCUAUUUCUGAACAUCACCAAGUGCUUGAUAUAUUAGGCCAACAGCAGAAUUUGGAUGUUCAACAAAAAGUAGAUCUUUGGUCUCAAGCAGAGCAGCUAAUGCCGGACUUGGAGCAUUCAAACAAGCGCCUCUUGAAGCCUGACAGAGUCGAUGGCGCUGCUGGAGUGCAGAAGCGGCAGCGCACGGAUCAAGAGGCAGUCUCUGCCUCGGAAUGGGGGUCCCAGCAAGUCGAUUUAUCGGUGGAUCUAUCUUGCCAAAACGUCGAUACCUCCAACCUCAACAUGGCUUCCAUGCAGCUAGGACCCACAUUUCCGACAAAUUUAUCCAUGUCAUACUGUCAGCGUCAAAGGAAAGGCCGCACUUUUGACCACGUCAUCCGUGCCUCUGUUGAGAAGUUCGACAAACAGCGCCGCUCAACUGCAGGUCUGGAAUAA